CACAGAGGACCCGGCUAUAAAUACGGCUGCGCGCAAGGCACAGUUAGACAUUUUCCCAAAAUCAAACGAAAGACACAACUGAGCAAGAACCGUGGGAAUCCGGCUCAUUCCUCUGGUUGUCUCCUCUACCUUUUUUAUUCUAAAUUUAGUCUCCAGCUCACUAUGUUGGCCAUGGGUGGAUUAUAUUUGAAGCACGUCGUGGUGGCAGCGUUGUGCUCCGUGCUGGCCACAGGGACGCUGGGGUCCCCGGUGGUGGGGCCAGAGCCGAUCCGAUGCGCCCCGUGUACUCCGGAGAAGCUGAGCCAGUGUCCAGCGGUGGCGCCCGGAUGCGCCGAGGUGCUGCGGGAGCCCGGCUGUGGAUGCUGCCUCGCCUGCGCCCUGAAGACUGGGGAGCUGUGCGGGAUCUACACGGCGCCGUGCGGCUCCGGACUGAGGUGCACCCCGAGACCCGGCGACCCCCGGCCGCUGCACUCCCUCACCCGGGGACAAGCCGUGUGCACGGAGAGCACGGCGCCGGAGCCGACCCCCGAGCCCCAGACUCAAGAUCAGGGAGAGCCAGAGGCUGAGAUGGACAACACUGCCAUCGUCUCGGACCCCGGCUCCAGCCACUACCUCCCCGGCCACAGUAAGCCCUACGACCCGCGGGCUGCCGCUGACGCUCAGGAGAGCAUGAAAGCCAAACUCGUCGCCAUCCGCAGGAAACUGGUGGAGCAGGGACCCUGUCACCUGGAGCUGCAGAGAGCCUUGGACAAGAUUGCCAAAUCCCAGCAGAAACUCGGGGACAAGUUAACCAGAUUCUACCUCCCCAACUGUGACAAACAUGGGCUUUACAAACCCAAACAGUGUGAGUCCUCCCUGGACGGACAGAGGGGUCGAUGCUGGUGCGUGAGCUCCUGGAACGGCAAGAAGAUUUUAGGUUCGGCCGACCUGCCCGCGGACGCCGAGUGCCCCUGAAGGGAUCAACCACUGAUGCAGAUCUCACAGAAAAAAGAAGAAGCAAGCCACUGAUUUUUUUCCUUUUUUAAUAGCUGUUUAUUUAUUGAUCUUGUCCAUGGUGGUGUUUAAUUCAGGUACACUGUCAUUGAGGGACUGUGGGUCCCCUCCUUCCUCCCCCUCUCCCCCCUUCAAACACCCGUCCCAAAGAGAAAAAAAAUCUAUUUUUGUUUUUCUGAAAAGGAGAUUUUAAUAUUGAUGCAUUUACUUCUACUCUUCAGCCUUAUUUAUUUCAAUUUUACUGCAUUUUAUUUGUUAUUUGUAAUUAUUUCAUGAGUAUUUAUAUCAUUUUUUGCCUUAUUGUUGUUAUUAUAUUAUUUUUGUGAGUGUAUAAAGUGUAUAUAUGUAUCUUGGCCCUGAGUAACUCCACUGCUGAGUUGAGCUCGCUCUACCCUUAAGGAGUUUUCUGGAGGUUUGGUUUGUGACAAACCAAGCAAGAACAAAAAGCACUGAGUGACCAAAUGUAUUUCUAAAUGUUGUUUUUAUGAUCCAUUUUCACAUUGUUGCCAUUUGUUAUGUCCUCUUUUUUUUGUUUUGUUAUUGUCUUUUUUAUUUUCUGACGUCACACACGAUCAGCUCUUGUCAGUGAAUGCAAAACUCUCAGUCGGGAAUCCUUAAAACUCUCAGAAAACAUUUCCCAUGGUUCCAUGGGGCUGCAGAUAGCAUGACAGGAGGUGCCUCCCUGCGCUGCCUCUCAGACGGGUAUUUCUACAUUUACCUACCUCCAAUAUUUAUGUGUCUGCUGUCAGUUUGUGUUGUUAUAUCUGUCAAAAAACAGAAAAAGACUUGCUAUUUUACUUUACAUGUUGCUGUUCUCUCUGACCAAGAACACAUGACCACAAAGAGCAAGUCCCACAGUGAACCAUGACGCGCUCUGCUCUAUCUACAUGCUGCUGUUGGAGAGAGAAUUGUUGUUAAUGUGAGUCUAUUCCAAAGUGACUAACUGCUCACUCGUGUGUAUGUACACUUUUUUUGUAAUUGAGAUGUAAUGUAAGAAAAAAAGGUGAUAUAUUUAAUAAAAACAUUAACCUCA